AUGGAUGGAUGGUUAUACUAUGUCCCCGGACCCGAUGGUCGCCUGGUCUUGGAUCCGAAGUUGAACGCUAAAACGCUUCAACAGAGUGUCUCGAUCGGCGAACGGGUAGCCGCAAGCUUCUCGAAGCUGGAUCUGGCAGAGGCCACCCUCAUCAGCAAGUCUCGUUCGGAGAAGAAAAAGGCUCAGAAAGCCCGCAAGGAAAAGAAGAAGCAGCGCAUGCAACCCACGAAGCCUGCCGAGGAGUGCAAGGUAGGCCCUCGAAAGGGUAUCGUGGAGCUUCAGUGGCCUCAAGGAUGCUGCUCCGGCUGCGCGGCCAACGAUGGUCACGGCCGACCUGAUCAGGAGACUUCCGAGCCGCACUCACGUCCGUAUCCCUGUGCAGCCUCGUCCGCUCAAAACAUCAAGUUGCCCCUCUUCUUGGUCAGCGGAGCCAUGCCGCCCCACGCGGCUGCCAGUCGCGAUGCUCGGAAGUGGAAGAAGGCUGCGAGAGCGAGGAGAAACAGGUCGCUCAGCAGUCUACCGGCCCGUAUUGGCCAGGCUGCCUCUGGUCAGGGUCCCUCAAGCGCAGCCGCGACGACCAAGCAGAACCAUGAGCCGAGCGAGCGAGAGGCCGAAACCUCGUCGACCUCAGCUGCUUCCAGCAAAACGGCAGCCCCCUCAGGCGCCGCCGAAACGAAGCAGGUCAAAGCAGUCAGCCAGCAAUCGUCCGAAAGCUCAUCGAGCCCGGCCGUGGCAGACACCACAACGCUCGGUAAGUCUCGCAACGCGAAGCCUAAGGACAAGCAGGCUCGGAAGCAGGGCCAACGAAAGCGCUCGUCCCUGUCGGUCGGGGAGCGCAGACGAUUGCCUUCAAUCAAGAAGCAGAAAUUGCGAGAGAUGCUCGUCAGCAGGAAUUGGCCCGAGAGGCCCUGCGACGCUUGCGUCAUGACUGGGUGGACUUGCGUUCCUCCGCCGCCUGAAGGGCAUGCGGAGAAGUGCCAGAGUUGCACUCCCGCUGGUGUCAUAUGCAGCCUCCGCUGGGUGCUUCGAGGAACCGGCGAAAUCCUUGCGGAACUCAAGGAUCAUCCCGACAUCAUCGAGGAUAGCCCUGCCUUCCUCGCCGCCGAGGAGAAGGCGCUCAACAGGUGGAUCGACUACGACUUCUAA